AUGCCGGUUUCUGCCGCGAACCGCAAAGUGCACUCUAUCAUCCAGACCUCAGAGAUUCGGAGCAAGCGGCCCUUGGUCACCUACGGAAAGAGGAAAACGGCAAACAGAGGUACCGAGACGGAGGCAGACACGGUCACCAAACGCCGCAAGACAGAAGAUUGUACGAGAGGAGAUGGCAUCGAGACCACGCUCCCGGUCGAUAAAGUCGUGCUCCCCCAGCCCGCCAGCCCGAAGCGGAGCGGCAUCAUGAGAUACUUCAAACCAGCCGCGUCGAGUCCGUCAAGCUACGUGUCGAAUACCACACGAUCAGUCGAGGCGGUGCCCACGAGGGCUUCGUCACCUCCAGCUACCCAGCAGCCGCGGCAGCGGAGGAGACUGACCACGCGCCCCGUGCAGAACGAAAACAUCAGACCCCAGAGCGACAUCCAGGUGCACUCUGACGACGACGACGUCGUCGACCUCGGCGCGGAGAAAUGCGAUGCGGACAGCGAUGACGAGCCGCUUACUCUACCCGUCAUCUAUGUCCGAACAGACGAGGACGGCGAGGACAUGGCCUUGACGGAGCGCGACGAGAAGUCGCUCAACUCUCGCAGCCCAGAGAGGAGGGCAGGGACCGACUCGCCGCCCGGCACCAAGGUGCUCAGGCCGAAGGUAGCCAAGAGGCCAUCUAUACAGACCACGCUGAGCCUCUCGAGGAGUGCGGGCUUCACCGAAUGCAGGGGAUGCGGGCUCUUGUACAACCCGGUGCACGCGGAGGAUGUCAGGUAUCAUGCGAAACAGCAUGCUGUGUUUCGCCAGAAGAACCGGAAGAGAUCAGAUUUGUUUUAA